GCUUGUUCCCGCGCGAAACAUAUGAAAGACAACACGAACGAGAGGGACAGAGCGACAGGCGACAGCUGGGCCGGCUAGUUGGGAAAUAGAAUAGAAUAUUGAAUAGAAAGUGAAGGGAAGCCAGGGACCAGAACAAGGGAGAGAUUCCAGCACCGUCAAGCGCAGCCCCUACACAUGUACAUACAUGGUACAAAUGCAGUUUUGCCGUCGUGUGCGUGUGCGUGCGCCUGUUCCUGUGCCUGUGUGUAUGCGGCGCUCCAGGUAGCUUACUGUAGUUGGAAUCCAUUGUUUAUUAAAAACCUACCCCGAGAGCCUAGAGCCUGCAGUCUGCUUUUCGCGUAGCAUUCUCUGACAUUCUGCCGCCAAUUUUUCCGUCUUUUGCGCUCAUUUGACGCUGAUCCGGCGAGGAGAACACCAGAACACCAGACACACGGCUCAACUGGAACCAAACCAACCAAAACGCAAUGGAUUCGAACGUAUACAAACGCGUCGUGAGCGCCAACGGGUCGCACUUUGUCAGUGUGCACGACGAGAAGAAGAAUCGCGGACGGGAGGAGCCACUGAUGCUGAAUGCCUGGUCCCAGACCAACAGCGACGACUUCGAGGUGCUGCGCAGCGUCAACAUCGACUCCAAUAUGGAUGCCGAGAACCGUGUGCUGCUCGAAAAGGUGCGCUACCUGGAGAACAAGCUGAAGGAGCACACGGAUCUGCUCUCCCAGAUCCAUGCCACCUCGGCGCGCAUGCAACAGUCGUUGGGAGUGGCGGAUGCUGCGUCCCCAACGCCGCCCGUCUAUCCAAGCCACCAGAUCCUGACGCCGCCCAGCUCGGUGAUCUGUGCCCCCGUCCAAGGCUCGCAGCAGCAGCGGACCGAGGUGCUGGACUACAAGAUCAUUUCGGCAUCGGACGACGCCGACGCCAUUGAGAUUCGCCUCGCAGCAGAGAGUCUCAACAGCCUGAGCUCCUCCUCCGACUCGGAUCGCCUCGAAAUGUGCAUUGGGACGGACAGCCAGAAUCAGACACAGCCCUCGCCCCAAAUACUGAACAGAGACAUCAAGCGAGAACUGUCCAGACAGCAGGAGACCGCGCCCUUGCAGUUCAUCAAGCGGCGUAAGCUGCAGGAGAUCCAGGUGCAGGAGACCCCGUCUCCGAAGACAAAACCCAAGCUGCCCUUGAAGCUGAAGCCCAGAACCAGCGAUCCCAGCAACGGCCAGUCCAAUGACAACGUGAUGAUCUCCCUGGGGCCGAACAACACCUGUGUUCCGGCCAGCGUGUUCGAGAACAUCAACUGGACGGCCUGCUCCCUUGCCACCCGCAAGCUGCUCGUGACAAUCUUCGACCGCGAAACCUUGGCCACCCACUCGAUGACGGGGAAGCCCUCGCCCGCCUUCAGGGACCAGCCGAAGCCGCUCAAGCAGAUGCUGGACCCCGCCAAGAUCCAGGACAUUAUCUUCGCCGUCACCCACAAAUGCAACGCCAGCGAGAAGGAGGUCCGCAAUGCCAUCACCACAAAGUGCGCGGACGAGAACAAAAUGCUGAAGAUCCAGAACGGCAAGCGUCGCACCAGCGGGGUCAACGGGAAGGAGAACAUGGUUUAGUUUAGUUUUUAUGUUACGCAUGGAGCACCGAAAGGAACAACCCCAAACACAAAGUUAUUCACCAUAGAUUAAGUUUAUUAUUUAACGGAUUAUACACUACUUCAAUACAUGUAGGCUAUUUUACAGAUCUCGAAGAUAUUUUUCCAAUCUGAACCAAAA